UGUUCAGAGUUAAAGAACAUGGAUGGAGAUGUGAAUGUAGACAAGCUUGGCCCUGCCGAACUGAAGCAGAGGCUGGAGUUGGUCAAAGGCCGCCUGAACGACAAGAGGCAGAACCUGCAGACCCUCAGAGGCAACAUUAACCACUCAGCUGCUCACAAGAAGAAACAGUUGGAGGUUCGUCUCUUGGAAAAGAUGAAGCUGAACUGCCAAGUGUUCAAGGAGGAAAUUUCCAUGGUACAUCUCAACCGACAGGUGGCCCACCUACAAAAUGCUUUGCAGGAAAGCAAGGUAGUAUUGAUCAAAUUAAAGUGAUUAAACAUCUUUCACAGAUUA